AUGAGCGACGCAGAAGACGACGGCAUCCUCAACAUCCAAGUCUCCGACACCGAAGACACGCCCGCCGAGAAGAAGGCUAAGCGCACCGGGCAGUCCGAGGCCGAGUUUGAGGCCGUCCGGAGGACUUAUGUGGUCAAGGUUGAAAACGGCGACAUCUACAAGCACGUCAAGCUGCCGCUCUCCGUCGGUGCUAGCAAAAUGGACAUCCAGGAGCUGCUACACGCCGUCGAGGAGCUCUACUUCUUCCGACACUACCGCGAGGCCGCGGAGCUUGCUGCGCAGGCCCUGCAGGAAGAGUCGCGACCGGCGCUGGACGCUGACGCGCUGCGGCUGCUGGAAAAGUAUGAGACCAAGUGCCGGGCCAAGCACGAGACGCUCGGGGUGCAAAGCGCAGAGCAGAAGCCGACAUCAUGA